CUUCUUACUUAUUUACUUAAUUCUUGGGUGCCAUGCUGAUUGGUGUGAGUAGUUGUGCAUUUGAUGACCUUCGAAAUAUAAGACCCGACAACCUAUGAUUUAUCUCUUGUACUACACAAUCAAACUACGCGGGGAGCAUCGUCGACUCGCUGUGCACGAGAUCGAGUGUUGAGCAUUCAUGUAGUGGAGGCAGCCCAGCCUGUGCCAGGGGCCGAAGAUUGGCAUUGGGAGAGGCUUUGAUUCUCGCCCCGUGAUUCCGACCACGACCCUCAAAUUCACCGCUAAUCGAUUAUCGAUUCUAAUUGGUAGAAGGAGGAAAAGAAGGUGGGAUUCAACGGCCAAAUUUUUAUUGUCAAGAGGUUUGGAUCAUCAGUAAUGGUGGAAAAGGAAGGAGGAGAAGAAGCUCCACGCGCGAGAAGGAGACGACAAUUUCUGGGUCAAUUUUUUUGAAUUUUUUUGUAAUUUAGUUGGAAAUCUUAUUUAUUUUUAAUAAUGUUAUCAUAUGUGGUACGGAAGUGGAAGACACAUAAGUGUCACUUCAUCAAUGGUCAGACAAACGAAGGUUGUCUACUGUUAAGUCAACAAUUAACUUUAACGGUCAACAUACAUUUUUGAAACACAAAUAACGCAGACACCUGAAAUUUUAGUUAGAUUCGUAUUUUUUGCUCUUUGAAGUUUCUUGAGAGCUCUUCGUGUAGUGGCAUAUCAUGAUCUUUCAUAGUACUUCUACUGCAUACAAACUAGGGGGUGAAAACUUGACCCGGAAGACCCACUGACCCAUCGCGACGCGUCCCAUCCCGACGCAUCCAGUCCCUAAGGGUCGGGACAUGUCAGUUUAUCUACAGUGUCCGAUUAGGGAUGGGUCAUUUGAUGACCCUGUAAGUGUCGGGACAGGUAGGGACAACUUAGGGACGGGUCACGUUUUGACCCUGUAAGGCUGUGACCCUUAGCAACAACAAAUAUCUCACACCACAUUGGACCUUUUUGUAAAUUUUUAAAAGUUUAGGUAGUAACUUGUAAAAAUAAAAAAAUUUGGGUACCAAAACUGAAUUAUACAAUCAAAAUUUAUGGACUUAUUUGUAAAAAAAUAAAUUUUAGGUACUAAAUUGUAAGAAAAAAUAAUUUUGGGUACCAAAACGUGUAAAAAGGUAGUGUGUUAAUUAGGGUCGACCCACUGACCCGACCCGUCCCGACCCGACCCAACUCUUGAGGGUCAGACAGGGUCAAGAAGGAAACAGGGACGGAACGGAUCAUUUAUACAUCUUGAACCUUCAGGAACGGGUCACACAGGGUCAAGGACGGGACAAGCAAAUUUUCAGCCCUACAAACUAUGGAGUACAAUCAAAGUCAGUCUUGUAAUUUAGUUAUUUUUCCAUAUCUCUGGACUUGCCUUGGUUCAAAGAAAAUAUAAGGGAAAGAGAUACAUCAUAUCUUUUAAUUAUUAAUAUUUAGUUUCAUUUUUAUUAUUAAUGAUAUUAAAACCGAUUUUUGUGGAGUAAGCUAAUCAUAUUUUUAUGGAUCAGUCAAACAAAGUAAACUAUAAACUCAUAUUUCCAAAGGUAUAAAAAACUAUAUUGCUAUAGAUAAAACUAGUUAUGUGCCGGCCCGACGAGUGACACAUUUUUUGGUCGUUGUUAAUUUUCAAUAGGAGUAGGCUAUUAUUUCUCUUUUUCUAUAUUUAUUACGAUUAUUUAUUGUUUGAGAUUGGUUUGAUUGUUAGGUUGCCAUAUUUAGUUUAAGUGUGGCUAGAAGCAAUGAUCAUGAAAAACAGUAAGAGUCCUAUCUUCAUCACUAUUUUCAAAAUCAUAUUCACAAUCAUCUGUUCUUUUAUUGGCCUAUGGUUUUCAACAUCAUAAUUUGUACAUAACUUUUCAUUUAUUUUUCCUUUCGUGCAUCUAUAUGUUGGCCAAUUGUUGUGAGCAUCUAAUAUUUUUUGUCUAGUAAAAAAAUUUCACGCACGUUAUUUAAAUUAUCAAAAUUAUCAUAUGUAAUGAUCGAAUCAGAGAUAUUUCAUAUUAUUUAUUAUUUGAUGAAUGUAUAACUCAACAAACUUACAUUUUGGUGGUAGUAGACUGUUCAAUAGAUGAUAGAUUUGUCUUUCGAUUGAUAUGUAUAACCCUUGCCCACUAUUGAAAUAAUGAUGCAUCAUGUCACUGAUAUAAUUAAAGUCAAACAAUAUCAUUGUAGAUCCUUAUGAAAAAUAGUAUGCAACUUCGAUUCCUCACACUAACAAAACCCUUAGGAAUUGAGGUGAUCGACCUUGUCACCUAUAGGACUGAACUCUACAAUAGCAUUAUAGAUCAUUAUGCACAUCUAAACCUCACCAUUUUAUCAUAUGUAAUGAUAAAAUGAAGUUAUUUUGUUGUUUGAAAUAAAAGUGACAUGUAAAGUUUCACCACUAACAUAUGUGAACUUUGGCAGUUGCUCCCUCCUCUUUCGGAUUAUAUAGAUUAUAGAAGCAGCAAAUAAAGGCUUCUCAUCAUAUAUAAUAAUGGGAAGAUAUAUAGGUCGGUAACUCUUUGUCUUAAGUGGAUCGUCUAGCUCAUAACAGGCAGCAAAGUAAUCUGAGAACCGGUAGAGGCAUCAACGAGGUUUACAAGAUUGUUGUGGCUUUCCUCUCCUAUGCAUAUAUAUAUAUAUACACACAAAUCCAUGUUGUAGUUAAACCGUCGUUUUCAAAAGUUUGGCAAGGGUGGAAAAGCAAGGAGGUGAAGAAGCUCCACGAGAAGGAGACGAAGAUUUCUGGGUCAAUUUUUUGCCAUUUUCCGAAAUUUUCUUUAAUUUGAUUGGAAAUUUUACUUAUUUUUAAUAAUGAUCUCAUAUAUGGCAGUUGGCACAUAAGGGGAACACACCUAAUUCAUUGAUAAUGCUGCUAUUCCGAUGCAUUGGAAUUCCGGCACAGAAGUAGUUUUGUGCAAGAUACGUAUGUCUAUGCUGUUAUUCUGAUCAAUAACCUAACAUCAUGCCUACGCUUCUAUUAUCUCGCCAAAUUAUUUUUUGAUGAAGAUGAGAAUGCUGUCUGUCCAACUACUAAGAUAUAAUAUUGCAACAACAAAAUUCAUCCAUCUCACAACAUUAUAAAGCUAGGUAGCCCACUUCACUCAGAACACAUCUUAGCUAGCUAAUAGCGAGAGAGAGAGAGAGAGAGAGAGAGAGAGAGAGAGAGAGAGAGAGAUGGCCAUGCAGGUUGGUCGCUUGGAUGCUCGAAUGGCCACAGUGCUGAUUUCGUCGCUAAUUGUGACAAUGAUCAACGUAGGCGGUGCCCUCGAUCCACUGUGCGGUGCCUCCAACGAAUGGUUUUGUAGUCCGACCGACUUCAAUAUCCCAGACGCGCAGGAUCAUUUAUUACGAAAACUCACAGUCACAAUAAAUUGCGAUGAGGCCAGAUACAGAAAUAGUCCUCUAGUCGCCUACGUACAUACUUCUUGUGCUAUUGCUAAUGGUGGCACCUGCGGUGAUUGCUUACGCAGAGCGACUCAAAUAAUGAGCGAGAAUUGCCCGGGCAAAGAUGGAGCUCAGUACGGGAACGAAGAGUGUUGUGCUAGAUAUGAGUUGAACAACUUUUGUUGAGGACCGGAGUAAAUCGUUACCCGCUGGCCAGGGUUUCUGUUAAUCAAUGCUCCUUUUCGAUUGACUUUCUUGGUCUUUCAUUGUAGAUCGGCUGCAUACAAACUACGGAUUGUAAGGAGAGACAGCUUUGUACGUGAGUCGUUGCGGUAUCUUUUUGGGCUUCCCUUGGUUAAAAGAAAAAAUAAAACGAAGCCUCCUUAUCGAUAUUAUGUAACAGGCAAAGAGAUACAUCAUAAAUAAAACUACGAGUUAUUAAUACGGAUGAGUUGUUUUAAUAUUUUUAAUUAUACUUAUUUUUAAUGGUGGGUGUUGAUAUCGAUAGAAGAGGCCGCGAUAGGUGAUAUUUUCUUUUUUUAUAAUGGUGAUAUUUUCUUUUUUUAUAAUGGUGACGAUUGUAUUAGAAGGAAAGAAAUACAAGGGAAGGGAUCAAGAGCAUUAAUCCCAAAAACCCAAAGUCCGAACCGAAAGCAAAUGAAGCAAGAAAACAAAGAAAUAGGACGGAAAACCAAAUCGCAGGGCAGGGAAACAGAAAAGCACAGGAGCACUAGAUGGAGCAGACCACCCCUGAGCUCAAAACAACGAGAAGGAACAAACAGCUCAAAUUACAAGAUCCCAACGUUGUUCCACCACGCACAGGGAAACAAUCUCAGCAGGCCGACCCUCCGGGUAAGGGAAACCAAACAGCACCCACCAAACAGCACCCAUAGGCCAUCUCCGCUCUGCGUCAAGUCGCGGCAUCGCCACUAGUUUAUAUUGAAAAUGGUAAUACUGGGCAUUAUCAUUAUCGCCCUGGCUGGCUGGGGGUUCUUGAAGUUUAUAUUACUAAGGUCAAGAGUGCAUUUGGAUAUCACCGUAUAUAAAGUUAUUCAGUGAUAAGGCUGUUAUUCGUAUGGAUUGAAAUUCCGACACAGAAUGAGAAGAUAACUACGACUCUCUUCACUUUCUUCUCCCACUUCAUUGUCUUCUAUCUCUACCUUCUCGGAACUGUUGUCGAUUACCACCCACUACCAUCAUGAUAAAACUCGUGACCAUAAAAAUACAAUUAGUUAGCACACAUUACCAUAUAGUAUAGUGUGGUAAUAUCAAUAUAGAUAUUUCCUAAAAGAAGGAAGAAAAACAGAACGAGGGAGAGAAAAUAAAGAUCGGGAGAAAGAUUUGGAGCAUCACCGAAUUUGAGAGGGGAGGCUGCAAUUUUUUCUUCGUCGAUUCGGGAAAAAAAAUGAAGAACAAGAGAAGGGAACAGAUCUAGAUCUGGAAAAGGGUGUUUGGAAGAGAGAAGGAAGAGAGAAAGGGAAAGAAAAAAGAGAGAGGAAGAAAUCUGGUUUUUCUCUUUCCUCAAUUAAAAGCCAGCAUAUAAAUGCUGGAAAAAAUAAAAAAAGGAAAGAAAUAAAAUUUUAAAAAUCGGACAAAAUUGCCCCUUCUCCACCCCGCGUCAAUAUCAGCCACACAAUGUUUCCCCACUAAGAUCUACGGUUUCCAUUUGAUUACUGAUGGAUGAGUAACCUUUAGUUACUCACUGUAUCCUAACCCUAGGAUUUGUGCUAACAAACGCUCGUCUUCGAUUGACUUGCUAAAUGGGGCUAUCUUGGAGGGGAACUUUUUUCCAUUUUUAUGUCCUUACUAUGUGAAUUCGUGUCUUCUGCACCUUGGACCGCGUCCUGUGAUAAUUACCCGAUCUGUCACGAGGUGGGUAUUGCUAUCGAAGUACCUGCCCCUGAUCUUUCUCAUUGAGGAGCCUUGAUCAACAAUUUAUGAUACGAGUAGAUAUCAAUCCUUGAUUGUUACAUAAUUGAUUAGACAAUGGAUUGAAGCGAAAGUAAGCGUUAGCUAGUUAAAUCAUUAUUGCAAGAGGUGCAUGCACAUGCUGAGAGUGACUUUAGAGGAAGGGAUAGAGUGUAAGUCUUAAAAUACACAAACCAUGGAUGC